AUUUCAUAUUAAAUUUUCGCUGUGUAAUUCCUAUAUAAUGUGACGUGGAAUAUAACAAGUUAUAGUGUAAAAUUAUAAUGUUCUUCCGUAAUGUUUUCUGCGCUGCCAAUUUGAAUAAUCCAUGCAAAGCAGCGCUCUUACGACCAAGCAGUAAUCGAGUGGGCUAUGGCCGAAUCCAGAUCAGGAGUUCAUUCCACUCUCGUCGGGGCCCACGAAAGCCUGGUCUGGAACCGGAUCCGCUUGAGCAUUUGAAGAUAGAAUCUAGGCCAUUACAUGCAAAAGGAUUGGUCAGACCUUUCUUGUUUUCUAUAGGGGUAUCGUCAGUUAGCCUCGCAGGAUGUGUGAUCUGGGAAUACGAAAGCUUGCGAAUGCACGCUGCCAACCUAUUCAAAAGACCAGGCUCUUGGCUCAGUGCACAACAGAAAAAAAUAUAUGCACAUUAUAAAUCAGAACCUGGUCCAGUGAGGAAAUGGUGGAACUCCUUAAAGGAUAGUGAGAAGGUGUUCUACCCUAUUCUAGCUGCCAAUGUGCUAGUCUUCUGUGCUUGGCGAGUGAGAGCUUUUCAGCCCUUCAUGGUCAAGUAUUUCUGCUCAAAUCCUUCUGGCAGUGCAGUAUGUUUACCAAUGAUACUGUCAGCGUUCAGUCAUUAUUCAGCAUUACAUUUGGCUGCAAAUAUGUAUGUUUUAUACAGUUUCAUGCCAGCCGCAGUGGCAUCAAUGGGCAAAGAGCAGUUCGUGGCCAUGUACCUGUGUGCUGGUGUGUUAAGCAGUUUUGCCAGCUUCCUGUACAAGGUCUCCUUUAACCAACCAGGGCUGAGUCUUGGUGCCUCAGGAGCAAUAAUGUCGGUGCUAUCCUAUGUAUGCCUGCAAUUUCCUGAUACCAAGCUGAGCAUUAUCUUUUUGCCUAUGUAUACGUUCGCCGCCGGCUCGGCCAUAAAAGUCAUAAUGAGUAUUGAUUUGGCUGGCGUAAUAUUUGGCUGGAAAUUCUUUGACCAUGCUGCUCAUCUUGGUGGCGCCCUCUUUGGCAUGGCCUGGUGUCAUUGGGGAGGUACCCAUAUUUGGGGUAACAGAGACAAAUUCCUCCAAUAUUACCAUACGUUACGGAAAAAUACGACAGACAGAUAGUAAAUUUAAAAUGACCUCCAUGAGACUAUUCCGAAGUAUGGUCUUGAAAGAAGCACGUGAGACGUGAUAUAAUGGCAAGCAUUGUUAUAAUGUAAAUUUUAGUUAUAUUAAAAUAUGUUGUAACUUUUACCAUUUAUUGAGAGUUACAUACAAAUUAUGCGGUUUGAAAUUGUUUUCUUUUGACUGUGUUGAUUGAUCUCUCUUUGCUUGGAGGUUUAAUCCAAAUGGAACCUGUUAAACAGAUCUGUACUUAUAUAAAAAAUACGCUAUUUUAUUGUUGUUAUUUGCUACUAUUCAUGUACAUACUAAUGGCACACGUACAGUGAACGGCCCAACACUUGGACGUAUGUUGACUUAACGAAGGUAAUAUUCGGAUAAUGAUUUCAACGAAAACAGAGAACGCACUCGGGUUUUCAGCUGUUCUCGUUAAACAUCCCAUGGUUACAGUACUAGUACUGCGUUGGAACUCGAUAUUCAGGGACUAUGUUUCAGAAAUGCUCUGAACUUCAUACUGGAUUUCAAUUUCAUGACU